AAUCCAUAUGACAAAUGUGUUCUAAGUACAGAGAAGUACUAGCCAUUCCUUAUGUAGUUAUGUUAUAUACCUUCUAGCAUACUACAGAGAAGGAUUAAGGAUUGAAAGGUGCAUAUAGUGAGGCUUAUACAAAGUUUUUUCUUUUUUUCUUCUACCACUAAUUUAGGGAGAGAAAAAAGCAAGAAACCCUGUCGGUUCUAUUGAGAAAUAUUCUUGGAAACAAGUUGAGUGUUUAGAUGAAAUUUCAUCCUACCCUAAUGGUUUUAAAAUAAACUUUUCUGAACUAGCACAUAAAUUUUCUGUGACAAACAAAAAAGGUAAUAGUUUGAAAUAUCUAUGUUAUAGUAUAUUGAAAAAAAGAAUAAACUAAUAAUAAAUGUAUUAUGCUAAUAAAUUAGUUUUACCAUUUUAAUAGUAUUAAGUACCAAUAAAAAAACAAGAAUUUUAAACAAAAUAAUUUUUAGGUAUUACACCCGCAAACGGAGGCCAAGUACUGAAAAAACUUUUAGAAUCUAUGAACUGUGAUCUAAAAAGACUAAAUCUAAAAAGAAAAAUGUCAGAUAAUACAUACCCUGAUGGCACUAAUAUAAAUAAUAUACAAUAUAGAAGAAAAAAACGGAGGUUAAACCUGCCAUACAUCAGAGAUAUAUCUUUGCCAUGCGAGCCAACUAAUAAAGAAAUAAAGCAGCAACUCAAAAAAAAAAUAGAUGAUGGAACAUAUAAUUCAGGGGAAAAGAUUGUACCCCAAAAAUAUGAAAAAGUAUUUAUAUCAUCUGAAAAUCAAAAAAUUACAAAAAAAGAGGUUCUUAUUGAAGGCAGAAAAAUUUCCUUGAAAGAUAUAAGACUAAAUAUGUUCAAAGACCAUGAGAUUUUCAUGAAAGUUCGAAACGAUAAUGAACUAGAAGCACUCUCUCGACAGCAAAUUGUUGAUGCUCUUGAUAAUAUUCAGGAAUAUAAAGAUGAAUUUGACACUCUAACUAAAAAUGAGCUGAUGAAUAUACUUAAAACUUAUGAAAGAACAAGGAAUUUAAUGUUUUGGCAUGAUUGCUCCAGUAUAUCUAAUCACACUCACUUUCUUGUUACUGUUAGUGUAAUGUACGAUACAGCCAUAUUUUUAAGUAGCUUUGAAUAUAAACAAAAGUAUGGAGAGGAAAUAAAUGUUCAAGCAGAGGUCGAAAAUUUUGCAGUAACAGUCAAAUGUGGCAGUUUGCAAGCAGCUCUGCGAGUAGCAUUUUGUAAUGCUACCACUUUAAAAAAAAUGUGUGUGCUUGGUGUAUUUGGGAAACUGCUAAGUGGUCCGUGGAUGACUAAGUUUUAUGUAUCAGCUGAGGAUGCAAAUUUUGAUCAUCUCACCGGUAUUCAGAUUCUAAAAAACAUUUUGGAAACAGUUAAUGUUUGCAAAUCUAAUCCGGCUGCACUGUUUUGCAGAGCAACAGAUUUUUUGGGGGAAAUGCUUCCCUCAAACGUUUUUGAACCAAUAACAUAUUAA